AUGAAAUAUUUUUCAAAAAGACAAAGAAAAUUACUUUGGAAAGCUCUCUGUAUAUCUAUUGUGAUAACAUUCAUUGUAUAUAUAUUUGUUAUUAAUUAUAUUGUUCAACUUGAAGAAGAAAUCAAUUUAUGUGAAUUUGAUAAACAUAAAAGUAAUGAUAGAAUAAAAUAUAUUUUUAAUUUGGCUUAUUGGCGUAUACUUAUAUAUAAUGAACAAAUCUUCUUGAAAGAAAAUCAAACAUUAUGGUGUAAUAUACCAAAUGAAUUACAAUUAAUAUCGAAAACUAUUUGUCAAAUAUAUAAUAUCCAUGAUUGUACUCGUUUACCUUGUCGUAUGAUUUAUUCUUCACCAAAUACGUUAAAAGAUGUUAAUUGUACUUAUGAUGGUCGAGUUUUUAAAAAAAAUAAUGAUAGUUCUAUACAAAAUCAACCAGAUUUGACAUGUAAAAUGGAUUAUUCAUUGGAUUUAUUUAUUAAAAAAUCUUCUGAUUAUUCAUAUCCAUCGAUGAUUGUUGAUGCUUUCAUUCCAUUAUUAACAUAUGAAUAUAAAAAUAUCUUAAAUAAUAAAUAUCGAAGUUGUGAUAGUAUCUGGGGAAUGACAUUUAAUUUUGAAUCCAUUAGUAAUUAUCCUUGGGCAGCAGAUCGGAAGAAAUUAAAAUUAUUUGAUGUUACUUUUGGUUAUGAUCGAUCUCUUUAUGAUUUUAUUCCACAUCCUUGGCUAUAUGAUUAUAUUGAACAAAUCAAAUCUACUUCAAGAAGAUUAUCAAUGCAACAAGCAAUGAAUAAUAAAGUACCGAUUAAUUCUAUCAAACAUUCAGAUAUCUAUUGGACUAAUAAACAGAUGUAUUCAAGUAGACGAAACACAACAGCAAAUAGAUCGUAUGUAAGAUCAUCUAUCUUAUGGAUGAAUAGUAAUUGUCAGACGAAAUCACAGCGUACACAGUAUAUGGAACAAUUAAUGAAAUAUAUUGAUGUGGAUAACUAUGGUAAUUGUGGAUCUAAUAAACUUCCUUUACCAGAACAUAUCAUUAAAAUUCGCGGCUCAAACAAUCAAAAUUCAAGUGAUCGUAGUAGUUAUAAUUGGCAAGGAGUAAAAUUAGCAUUAGCAAAAGACUAUUUAUUUACUAUUGCUAUUGAAAAUAGCCUAGAUUUUGAUUAUAUAACAGAGAAACUAUGGCAACCACUUGUAGCUGGAAGUGUACCUAUUUAUCUUGGUGCACCCAAUAUUCAUGAUUGGCUACCAUGUAAAACAGAUUGUAUUAUUGAUUUAAAUAAAUUCAAAACACCAAAAGAUGCUGCUAUGCAUAUUAAACAAGUUGCAGUAAAUAAAACAUUAUAUGAAAGUUAUCAUAAAUGGCGAAAUGAACCUGUGUCAUUACAAUUUCAAAGUAUGCUUAAUUACUUUUCGACUAUUCGCAAUUAUAGUCUUGAAUGUAUUUUAUGUGGUAUGUCUAAGCAAGUUGAUCAAAAUAAAGAUCCAAAAGAAUAUAAAAACAAAAUUAUUAAAACAAUUCGUCAUUUUUAA